GUUAAGUCUGUGUUUUGCUCAUUCUCUGUACAUUCAACUUUCAAAUACGUUUUGCCUCAGAUGACUCUGGUUGCUUUUAUUUUUUUCAUUGCAGAUUCCACAUACAUCUGGUUUCUUUGCUUUCCCCACAGAACUGGAAACUGUGAGUCUUGAAGAAAUGGGGGAGGGGAAACUUAGGGAGCGAUUUUGAAAAAAGAAAAAAAAAAGAACUGAGUCGACGAACGAGAGGGGGCAAAAGUUAAGGAAAAUCACCAGAAAGCUGCAAGUUUUAUAGAGCGUCAGGGGAACCCAGAGUGAGUAUAAAGAGAGAGAUAUUCUGGCAACGCGUUUGUGUUUCUCCAGCAGCGGAUCACAGCAUGGCGCUGUUCCCAUUCUGCAAGACACCCACAGGAGCCAUCAGAGUGUCCAGGCUACAGCUGGUCCUGUAUUGUGUUCUACUGUCCCUUAUCGUAUAUUUCCUCCAUGGACGUAAGACUGGUGGAAAUGUGAGGUCCCCCCAUCCUUACUUUCAGGCCAUGGAACUGGGCAUAGGAAGACAAAAGACAGAUAUGGAGAACAGCAAUGCAGCAUCACUACAAACCCCUGCGCAGACUCCUUGGGGCGUCCCUUUAGUUUGGGGCGACAACCGCAACUCUGUCAGGCGAAGAACUGAAUUUGCACAGCAAGAAGUCCGGAUAGGCCUGCUAACCCUAGUGGUGGGAACAUAUGCCCAACACGUCAGACGUUUCAUCUCUUCAGCAGAAAUCUACUUCAUACCCAGCCAGAUGGUCACUUACUACAUUCUCAUUGAUAAUCCUCGCACAUUGGAUCCUCCCAUCAAGUUGGGGCCUGGACGGCAGCUGAAGGUGCUUCCUGUUGCGGAGUUCCCAGGCUGGGACAAGUUGGCCUAUCGUCGUAUGCCGCUAUUGGCUGAUGCCAUCAAAAACCAAAUUGGUAGGGAGGUUGAGUACAUUUUCUGUGCUGACAUUGACCAAGAGUUUAUGGCUCCUGUGGAAGAAGAAAUACUUGGUGACCUGGUUGCUACCUUGCACCCUGAACUCUAUGGCAAGCCACGGAAGGCGCUUCCUUAUGAAAACGAUGAAAACUCAUCAGCCUACGUUAAGGAAAAUGAAGGUGACUACUACUACACCUCUGAGCUCUAUGGUGGGCUGGUUCACAAUGUGUACAGAAUGGCUCUCGGUUGUUCUUUCCUCAUUUUGAAGGACCAGGCAAAUGGCAUUACGGCCAGCGGCCGUGAGGAGAGCUACCUGAAUCGCUACUUGAUCACUCACCGGCCAACCUGUGUGCUUUCACCAGAGUACAGUUGGUGGGAUUCAGGCCUGGCUAUAGAUGUGCCUGAGAAGAGGCUGGUCUCUUUAGGGAGGCAAUGUGAGGCAUUCGAUGCCAAGAAAAGAGAGAAGCACCGAUGUUGACCUGAUGUGUUCUCAUUUGUUUGAGUUCUGUAUUCUCUUUUGACAGCUGCUUGAAAAUACAGUGGAAAUAAGGAUAAGCUUGUGUUUUGUUUUGUAAAGGCAUUUCUGUGAGCAAACCCAGUAUUUUU